AUGAACCCCGGCAGCGCCGGGGGGGCGGCGCCGGCCUUCUCCGGCCCCGUGCAGUUUCCCGGCAGCACCACCGUGCUGGUGGAGCUCACCCCCGACAUCCACAUCUGUGGCAUCUGCAAGCAGCAGUUCAAUAACCUCGAUGCCUUUGUUGGGCACAAGCAAAGCGGUUGUCAGCUCACUAGUGCAACGGCCGGGGCCACCAGUACGGUCCAGUUUGUGUCGGAAGAAACGGUGCCAUCGACACAGGCACAAACCACAACCAGGGCCAUCGCUUCGGAGACCCAAACCAUCACAGUUUCUGCACCAGAGUUUGUUUUUGAGCAUGGCUAUCAAACAUACCUGCCCAGUGAGAGCAGUGAGCCUCCAACUGCUGCUAUCGUCUCUACACCACCAAAAGCACGUUCAAGAAAAUCCAGUUCUUCACUUACACAGAAGAAACUAAACUGCUGCUAUCCAGGUUGCCAGUUCAAGACUUCCUAUGGUAUGAAGGAUAUGGAACGUCAUCUACGGACACACACAGGAGACAAGCCCCAUAAAUGCGAAGUUUGUAACAAAUGUUUUAGUCGUAAAGAUAAGCUGAAGAUGCAUAUGCGUUCUCAUACUGGGGUGAAGCCUUACAAAUGUAAACACUGUGACUACGCAGCUGCUGACAGCAGCAGUCUCAACAAGCACCAGCGCAUUCACUCCAACGAGCGUCCUUUCAAAUGCCAGAUCUGUCCUUAUGCAAGCCGCAACUCUAGCCAGCUAACUGUACAUCUCAGAUCCCACACAGGAGAUGCUCCUUUCCAAUGUCAGAUGUGUCCUGCUAAAUUUAAAAUCAACUCAGACUUGAAGAGGCACAUGCGUGUGCAUUCUGGUGAGAAACCUUACAAAUGUGAGUUCUGUGAGGUCCGGUGUGCCAUGAAAGGAAAUUUGAAAUCACAUAUUCGUAUCAAGCACAGUAUGGAAAACACUCUCAAGUGUCCAGAGUGUGAAUUUCAGUGUGGAAACAAAACAAGCCUUCGGCACCACAUAAGAACUCAUCAGCCUGAGCAGCCAGUGAAGUGCUCAGAGUGCAACUACUCUUGCUCCAACAAGGCAGCUCUGAAAGUGCACGAGCGAAUUCACUGCAAAGAUCGUCCUUUCAAAUGUGAAUUCUGCAGUUUUGAUACCAAGCAGCGGAGCAACCUGACAACUCAUGUGAGGAAAGCUCAUGGCGACAAAGUCAAGACCAAGAAGCAAACUGUGGAGAAGAAGGAAGGAGACAGGCCAAAGCAAGGUGGCUCCAGGCAAGUUGCCAAAUUGGAUGCCAAGAAAGCAUUUAAGUGUGACCUGUGUGAUGCUUCCUUUGUCCGAGAAGAUUCUCUUAGGAGUCAUAAGAAGCAGCACAGUAUGUAUAAUGGAUCUAAAAAUAACGAACUAGCUGUUCUACAGCUCCAGAUGGAUCCCAGUCGGCAGACCAGUGCCCCGAUUACUGUCAGUCACCUCCAGGUCCCACUUCAGGCUACUCAGGUUUCUCCAUACAAUGAGGGAAGGGUCAAGAUCAUUGUGGGUCACCAGGUCCCUCAGACUAACAGUAUCGUUCAGGCUGCAUCAGUGAACGUCGUGCCUCCUACAUUAGUUAGCCAGAAUCAGGAAGACCUCUCAGCCAACAGCCGCUUGCAGCUGCUGGGCCAAGUCAGUUUGUUGGCACCACCUCCACCUCCCAUAUCUCAAAGCGAAGCAGGGCCUGUGGCACAACCAGCAGUUCUUCUCACAACCCAUGACCAAAGUGAUGGAAGCGCUUUACAUCAAACUCUGAUUCCUGCUGCUCCUGUCAGCGGUCAUGAGGCUUCGGCAAACCAAGCUUUCAUCACCAGCUCUGGAAUCAGCUGCUCUGACUUAGAAGGCCUUAAUGCUUUGAUACAAGAAGGAGCAACAGAGGUGACUGUAGUUAGUGAUGGAGGUCAAAGUAUAACAGUGUCCACUUCAGCUCCCCCUCCUCCUAUCUUUUCUUCAUCCUCUCACACAGAAGCCCCUAAGCAGACCUAUUCUAUCAUUCAAAGUGGAGCCCAUACUGCUUUGCUGUGUCCAGCAGACUCCAUACCGGAUUAG